ACUGUGACAACGUUGCGUAUACGCAGCGUAAACCGUUCUCCUGAGGCAGCUGCAACUACAGCAAAAUAUUCACCACUCGAAAUAUAUUUCCAAGCGGAUGUCCAAAACCUAAGCCCAGAAAACAGGAAGGAUGGGAAAAUUCUGGGGGUCAUACAUAUUCCGAGUUUUACUUCAAAACUAAAGUUAAAAUGGUGCAAUAGAAAACCCUUCAUAGAAAACUCUUCUCUGCUCGAGCUAUCCCCUUACAACUUCAAUAGACUAACUUACAGCUUAUUAUUAUUUAUUUUCAACAUGCAGUCCGCCAAAAUCCUAAAUAAACUGCUUAAGGAAGCCCCCAAAAAUACCAAAGGUAGUAAAGAAAUCGCCGAGCUACAAAAUCUAAUUGUUGAAGUAAUGAAGCCGCGAUUGGACAAACUUGAAGAAAUCUUGAGUUUUCGCAUCGUGCCUGCCAUCAGAGAUGAUUUCCAGGAUGAAGAAGAGGACUGGUGGCCAGAUUAUGAACUGUACUCCGAUUCCCAUGCUAUCACCGAUAUGAACGGUCUUCUAGUCUGCAUCCAGGUGGCUUUAAAGGGCAUGCCUGAUGAUCUAAAAGCCAUUGGCGAAAAGUUCGAUUUUGCCUAUUUAGCUGCAAAGCCAACAACUAUUCAGAAUAAAACCAAGAAGUACCUUUUGGUGGACGAACUAAUAGAGGACAUGGAGGACUUUGUCACGCACUUCAGUCGCCUGUGCACCAAGAUUCUCGACGAUCGCAGGAAUCUCCAUGAUCUGGCCUCCAUAACCAUGGAUACCGGCGAUAGAAUCAAGCUGAAGAUCUUCGACGAACAAACUUUUGUGCAACUGCAAUCGCGAAUUGCCAGUUUGGAAAACUACAUCAGGGAUUUCUGUGCCCUUUUCGAGGCCCAUGUGGAGUGCAAAGAGGAGGCCAGGGAUGGAACCCUCUCUAAGUUUGCCAAACCCCAGGGACCGCUUUCGGCAGGAGCCGUCAAGGAGGCCCGGACUUAAGCCAGAUCGAUCAGGAAGUCAUCUCGUGCUUUAUUCCCAAGGCAUGGCUUCCAACGCGUCCAUUGUACAAUACCCACACUAGCAGAUACAGUUACAUGACUCCGGCUUGGGCGGUAAUAAAGAGUUCGCCUCCAGUGUAUUGGAGUAUCUGGGAAA